CGUCUGCUGCACAUGCGCAGAAAGGAUAUGUCGCUUCGACGUUUGCUGCUAACGACAAACGGAGAACCCAAAAGUCAUGAUCCUGAAGAUUCUCCCAUACAGCAAGACGGUGUUGCUGAAACAGCAGAUGACCCACUGGCUAUCACAGCCAUCCAGUCAGCUGCCGCAUUCUCCACAGAUCAGCAAAUCAAUUAUCUUGUAAAAACGGAAGAAACGGGAGCUCAGGUAACAUACCGGGUCAUCCACCUGGCUGACGGGCAGCUAGAAGGACAGGCAGAUGGGGCUGCAGCAGUCAGUGUGGUGACUGGGUUUCCCACAGCAUCACAGGCAACAAUGCCACAUGUAACCCAGUCUGAGAGUCUAGAGGGAGAGACCUCUGAAACUCAGUACUACUAUCCUGCCACCAUCUCUGACACAAAUGCCAGCAACAUGGUAGCCAAUCUCCACACAGCUGAUUCGGUACUAUCUCAACCAACCCCUUCAGGUCAACUCUAUGUAAUGAUGUCGCCUCUGGACGUUCUAGCCUCAACACAGCAGAGUAAAUCGGGAACACCACGUGCUUCCAGGGAUGACAAGCGGAGGGUUCAACACAAUGAAGUGGAACGCAGACGGAGGGACAAGAUCAACAACUGGAUUGUCCAGCUUUCCAAAACAAUCCCUGACUGCAAUGUGGAUGCAACCAAGAAUGGUCAAAGUAAAGGUUGGAUCUUGUCCAAAGCGUGUGAUUAUAUUCAAGAGCUGCGUCAGAGCAAUGCACGACUGGAAGAGGAACUAAAUGCUGUAGAUAGACUGAGGAUGGACAAUCAGCUUCUCAAACGAGAGAUGGAAGAAUGGAAAUCAAAGAAUCAGAUGAUCGGAGCCCAGUUAAGACAGCACGGCAUAGUGGCAGCAUCAAUGGACUCUAAGUGAAGAACUGCAGAUCAACUAUAAGCUUCUCCAGCUGUGGUCUUGUCAUUGAUUCUGUUUAUCCAGGUUUAAAAUGACAUGUAAGAAGUCAUUCUUACUGUGUACAAUCACACUUUUCUCUUUGUCUCCUUCACUGUUCACUUCACACACAGCCUUUGAUCGUUUCAGAUUAUUUCCAGAGAGAUCUGGUAUUUUAACUGCACUGAAAUUGUGUAUAAUUGUCAGAUCUGUAUAUUUGUAGAUCUGUCUAAAGAAUGAUUAUACUUUUAAGGGCUACUGUGAUGGUGUUUCAGAUAUGUUAUUUUUAUUUUUUAAUUGAAAUGUUUACAGCUUGGUAACCUUCAUCGUGCUCUUUAAGCUAAAUGUUAUUGUUUUAUUUGUAUUCAGUCAGAAGUUGUUGUUGAAACCAUUUCUUAUGCAAUGCCUUGACAAACAUUUUGGGCCAAAACACCAGCUAUAAAAUUUGGUCAUUUAUAUAUUGCAAUUAUGAAAUGUUCACAUCCCAGUAAAUUUACACAAUGUUUUUACAUAACAUUGGACAAAUCUUUAUUGAACCUCAAAUAAAGGUUUGACU